CAUUUUUCAAAUGUUUUAAUACAUCCAAAAGAGGUUUUUGUUCCAGAGAUUAACAUUUGCCACAGAUGGCCACCAGCAAUCAGCCGUUGUUGACUUCCGUCGAAAAAUGCCACAUCUCACCACCGCCCAACACCGUCGGCAAACGAUCACUCCCACUCACUUUCUUCGACCUCGUAUGGCUGCUUUUCCAUCCAGUUCACCAGCUUUUCUUUUACGAUUUCCCCCAUCCCAAAUCCCAUUUCAUCGAAACAGUUAUUCCAACACUCAAACACUCCUUGUCCAUAACUCUCCAACACUUCUUCCCAUUCGCAGGCAACUUGAUUGUGCUUCCGAAUUCAAAACCCGAAAUCCGCCACGUGGACGGAGACUCCCUCGCGCUUACUUUCGCAGAAUGCAACCUUGAUUUCAACCAUCUCAAACAAAAUCAUCCUCGGGAUUGUAACAAGUUCCACCCUCUGGUACCUCUACUCGAACCUCCAUUUAAAGCAUCCGAUCUUGUCAAAAUCCCAGUUUUUUCUGUUCAAGUUACAAUCUUCCCGAAUUCCGGCAUCACGAUCGGGCUCACAAACCAUCACUCGCUUUGUGAUGCAAGAACACGGUAUGAUUUCUUGAAUGCGUGGACUUCGGUUGCCAAACAUGGUACAGACGAGUUGUUUUUAAGUAGUAGAUCGGUUCCGUUUUACGAUCGGGUUAUUGAAUACCCUAAAUCUUUAGAUGACAUGCUGUUAAGUCUACCACCUAUUCAAACUCUUGAUGAAAGUUACAAAGUGCCUCAGCUUGAGCCUCAGAUGAACAAAGUUCGGUACACGUUUGUGUUGACCCAGUCGCAGAUUAAUAGGUUAAAGAAAUGGUUGUUGGCUCAACUGCCAACUUUAGAAUAUGUAUCUUCUUUUGCUGUGGGGUGCGGGUAUGUAUGGAGUUGUGUAGCAAAAUCGCGUGUUCUUGUUGAGGGGGCAAAGGGGGAGUAUGAGGUCGAACGGUUUGCGUGUGCUGCGGACUGGCGGGCUCGGUUGAACCCGCCACUUCCACAAACCUAUUUUGGUAACUGUACCGGGUUAUGUUUGGCGACAACAAAAACAUCGUUAAUAACAGGAAGUAAAGGGUUUCCGACCGCGGUUGAGUUGCUAGCAACGGCUAUAAGGGAAGGGGUUAACAGUAAACUAGGGGUGUUUAAAGACGCUGAGACAUGGGUGGACAAGGUCUUGUUAGAAGUUCCAACGAUGGGUGUGGCUGGAACACCAAAAAUCAAUGUGUACGAUGUCGAUUUCGGGUGGGGAAAGCCCGAGAAGUAUGAGACAAUCUCAUUAGAUUACAAUGACUCGAUAUCGGUUAACGCAAGCAAAGAAUCAUCGGAAGAUCUUGAAAUUGGUUUGUGUCUUCCGGCUGAACAAAUGGAUGCUUUUAUUAGCAUUUCUGGAAAUGAAAUAGAGAGCAUACUUUCUCAUGAAUUUCAAUGUAUCAAUCUGUAAUGGCUUGUAUCUCUUGUUUAUUUGCGUUUUGGUGACGAGAUUUUGUGCCAUGAUUUUUGUUUUUAAUAAAUUAUAAGUGUGACAUCUCAUAGGUUU